UAAUGAUUAUUUUGUGUGCACAUAUACAGUAUGCAAUCGUGCAUAAUUACUAUUGACAGUAAUUGUAUUACAUACUACGCGCCUGCGUAAACAACUUUUGGAAUUAUCAUAAAAUAUUACGCAUGCGUAAACGAUAAAAGAUUACCUUAAUCAUAAAUUAAAGAGAAUGACUUGUGGAAAAUGUUACGCGUACAUUAUCGCGAAUAACGUAAAUGUUUAGAAUUUGUAAAAAAAGAAAGAGUAAUAAAUUGAUAGUAACACUUGUCUCGAUCAAAUUGCUUUGAUAAAAUGUCUAACACACUCACACCGUUUGUAUACUGGGCUCAAACAGAGAAUCAAAUCACAUUAAAAGUAGACUUAACUGAUGUAAAGGAUUUUAAUGUUGAUCUAAAGGAAACUACAUUGCAAGUUACAGCUUAUGGCCAGGGAGCUAGAGGUUUAAAUAAUUACAGUUUUAACUUGAAUCUUCAUUCACCUAUUGAUCCAAAUGAAAGUAGUUACAAAGUAAUUGAUCGUCAAGUAGACUUUAUCUUGAAAAAGAAAUCUAGUAGUUGGUGGCCAAGAUUAACAAGUCAACCGCAAAAGCCUUCAUGGCUUAAGAUUGAUUUUGAUAAAUGGAAAAGCGAGGAUAUGGAUGACAAUGAUGAUGAAAAGCGUGAUAUUUGUAAUGAUUAUCCUGACAUGUAUGAUAAAUUGCACAAAGAAGAAUUUGGCUAUAGAAAAGAGGAUCUUACUAAGGUGUAUCUAGUGAUAUAUAAUCUCUGUCAAUUUGUUGGCUUUAUUUAUAUAUUUGCUAUAAUGUGUAUAAGAUACUCACGAGAUGGGCCAGAUUUCAUGAAAGAAACAUUUGCAGCUGUUGGCAAUCCACUCAAGUUUAUACAACUUUUACAAUUUUUGGAGGUAAUGCAUCCUCUAUUUGGAUAUACAAAAAGUAGCGUACUUGUGUCUUUCUUACAAGUUGGAGGUAGGGGAUUUGUAUUGUUUCUCAUGAUUGAUGCCGAACCUCGAAUGCAAGUUAAGCCAGUCGUUUUCUAUCUAUUCCUAAUAUGGAGUACAAUAGAGAUAGUUAGAUAUCCAUACUACAUUACACAGUUAUUGAAUAUUGAGAUAUCCUUUUUAACAUGGUUAAGAUAUACUAUAUGGAUACCAUUAUAUCCAUUAGGUUUUGUAUGCGAGGGUAUCGUAAUAUUACGAAAUAUUCCAUAUUUUGAGGAAACUCAGAAAUUCACAGUUUCCUUACCAAAUACUUAUAAUUUUGCUCUUCACUUCCCGUCUGUCAUGAGACUUUAUUUACUUCUAUUGCUCUUGCCUGGAAUAUAUACAUUAAUGUCUCGUAUGAGUCAAUUACGCUCUAGAAAACUUGGAAAAUCUACUAUUAAAAGAAAAUAUAAAUGAUUUGUGUAAAUAACUUUAAGCU